AUGACACAAAACAUUGUUUACAGUAAAAUAAUCAAUCCUACCGAUCCAGGUACUCUUCAAUCAGCUAUUCUUGCUGCUAAUCAACAAGAAAGAUUAGAUUCAGUUACCAUUGCACCAGGUAUCUAUCGUAUUCCAUUCAAUGAUCAUCCAAAUGCUAAUCUUUUGUUCACAAACCUAAGAAAUUUUGUAAUCAAUGCAAAUGGUGUUACUCUCGUAAUGUUAGACAAUCGAAAACGAGGUAUGGUUUUCUAUGGUUGUUACAAUGUUACUGUACGUGAUGCAUUGACAAUUCGAAAUGAUAUUAUUCCAUUUUCUCAAGGUCAUAGUGAAUCCAUAAAUCAAAGAUCAUUUGUAACAAAUAUUGACGAUGGUUAUCCAAGAACACUUGAUAAUUCUACAUACUUUCCAGUAGCUACAGCUUAUUAUGUAUUUGAUCGAAAUACACGUCAAUUAAAAGACAAAAGUUAUGACUAUUAUAGUACAGGUAUUAGUCGAAUUGAUCAUCGUCGAUUUGAAGUAAUGUUUAAUGAUAAUCUUGGAGGAAGCGUUGCAAUUGGUGAUUUAGUUUCAAUGCGUGGUAAAGGUGAUUUUGGAAUAAUUAGUGAAAUUUGUGAAUUAAUGAAUUUUAUUGAUGUUCAUCUUGAAUUUGCUGGUUUAUUUGCUUGGUUUGAAACUGAAGGAAAAGGAAAUAAUCGGUAUGAACGAAUUAGUGCUCGACCUGGACCAAAACCUAUAGGCGCUACUACAGAACCUUUGAUGAGUUCAAAUGCAGAUGGUUUUCAUUCAGCUAGUGUUCACCGUGGUCCAACCAUUCUCAAUUCAUUCUUCACUCGAAUGGCUGAUGAUGGUAUUGCUAUAAAUGGUGAAUAUCAGUUCAUUAGACAAGUUAAUGGAAAGAUAGUUAUAUGUAUGAAGUUGAAUACCAAUUUAAAUGGAAAUAUUUUUCCUAAUGAUAUUAUUUCGAAUAUUAAUCAUACUGGAUCAGGAUACGUUUUACGAGGUAAUUUCAUUCUUAAUCAUCGAGCUCGUGGAAUUUUAGUAAAAGCACUUGAUGGACUGAUUGAAUCAAAUAAAAUUGAUGGUAGUUCAAUGGCUGGUAUUGUUAUGCAACCAGAAUUAUGGUGGGGUGAAUGA